AAAGUGUAUAAUUUUCUCAAAGUCCAAUCUGAAUCUGAUCACUUGAAUUCCAUUUUCCUAGAAAAUCAAUUUGCAUUCCAGUCCGUUAAACCUAGCUGCUGUGAUGUCUUCAUCAACCAUAGGCGGAUCGAUACGAACAAAAAUGUUGCAGGGUUGAUAUAUGAUGAGUUGGUUAGGCUGAAGCUGAGACCAUUUUUGGACAGCAAGAGCAUGAAGCCAGGGGACAAGUUGUUUGAGAAGAUCAACGAGGCGAUUCGUGAUUGUAAGGUUGGGAUCGCGGUGUUUUCGCCACAUUAUUGUCAGUCAUAUUUUUGUUUGCAUGAGUUGAGUAUGAUCAUGGAGUGUGGGAAGAAGGUUAUACCUAUUUUUGUUGAUGUAAAACCUUCCGAGCUUCGGGUUAUCAACAAUGGAAGCUGUCCUGCCGAGGAACUGGUUCGGUUUAAGGAGGCGGUUGAGGAGGCCAAGCACACCGUUGGAUUAACAUUUGAUUCAUCGAAUGGGGAUUGGUCUGAGCUCGUAAGGAAUGCUUCGCGUGCGGUGAUGAUGAACAUGCUAGAGGUUGAAGGAGAUCGAGUAGGGCAGAAGCAGAUGUAUGCUAAAUAUUGUUGA